GUUUGUUGCCAUCUAGUUCAUUCUAUGCCACCUUUUUUUAAAAAAAUAAAAAAAAUAAAACACACUACCCAAAGGUGUCUAGGCAGCUCUCCUGUUUUUAAUUUUUAAUUCCCCUGUUCUUUAUUGUACAAGGCAGGAUGCUGACUGGUAGGAGCAGCCUUCAGUGUUCAACAGUCAACCCUAAAGGUCCUUUCCCCCUAGGCCCUUUUCCAAGACACAUCUGGAUCCAUCACAACACUCCCCAGGACAGCUUGGACAAAGCCUGCCAUGAGAUCUGGAAAAGGGUCCAAGGCCUCCCUGAGGAACUCCAACCAAGAUCCUCAUCACCGCUUCUCCAACUUAGCUGUCAUCCUGUCACAUCUUCAGAGGCUCUCAGAGAAGAUAGCAGUAGUACCACCAGCAGCUCCCAAAAAGAGUGAGUGUUUAAAAAACAAAACACCUCAACAAAACAAAACAAAAAGGAGAGGAGGAAUCUUUCCUAACUCACAAAUCAAUAGAAGCUCUACCUAGCUAGCUGAAACUGGAGUCUUGGAGAAUAUAUUUCAUAGAGGUUAAUCUGAAAUAAUGGGAAAGUGUUUAUGUAAUUCAUUUAUUUAAUUGUAUAAUGCCCUAAUCAGUCCCCAUGGGCUUCACAUGCCCCAAGGACAAUCUUCUUCCAUGCACCCAACUGCAAUUUUUGUGGUCAAACCCUCUUCAAAUUGUUCUCAGUCUAACUUUGAGCCUGGACCUGUGAGCAUUCAAUCCAAGGACCUCUUUGAAUGCCAGAGAACCAUGCAUUAAUAACAGAGUGGAAAGUAAAUAUUGAGCAUCUGUUGAGUGCCUUGUCAUAACCACAGGCACCCUGGACCAGUAACACUUCUUGGCCCAAAAUUAUGGCUGUAGGAAGGAUGCCACACAUUCUCAUAUUUUUGGACAUUAAGUGUUUCGUGUUCUCCAUCUGCCAAGACCAUACAACAGGGGUGGUUAACGUUGGGUCUCCAGAAGUUGUUGGAAUACAACUGCCAUCUUCCUUGGAGGCCGUGUUAGCUGGGGGCUGCUGAGAUUUGACAGUUGGCCACCGCUGCCAUGUGGCAAAGGCAUGUAAGAAGGGCCAUAGAUCUGUGGUAGAGCAUCUGCCUUGAAUGCAGAACAUCCCAGAUUCAAUCCCUGGCAUCUCCAGGUCAGUCUGGGAGAGACUCCCUGGUUGGGAAACCCUGGAGACCCACUGCAAGUCAGCAUAGACAAUAGUGAGCUAGAAGAACCAGUGGUCCUAUUCAGUAUAAAACUACUUCCUAUGUUCCUAUGCAUGUGGAAAGGUAUGCUUAGCUCCUAAUCCUCAACUUUAGAACUCUCCUCCAGAGAUCUAAAACAGUCAAACCCCAAGAGGAUUUCAUAAGUAGGGGCAUGGAAUUCAGAUUGGCUGCACAUUUAGACUCAAAUCUUUUUAAGGGUGAAAUCUGACCACACUAUGAGACGGCUUCAAUAUCAUAUUAAAAGAGAAGGUGCAGAAUAAAUAGAACAUCUUUUUCCCCACUGUAAAAAUUGUCUCCUUGUGAUAUAAGCCUACACCUGUGAUAUUGGAAACAACCACAAGUCCCCAUAGUUGCUUGUGCAUUUAUAUUUUUAAAAUUGAAAUAUUUCAAGGGGAAAGAUGAAAGGAAGCAUUCGGAUGUUAAAAACAAAAAUGAGUUUCAAAGGUAGUGGCUAAAAAGAUCUACUUUUCUGAAAUGCCAGAUUUGGCAAGGGGGUGUUUUACCAAAGCCUCCAUUAGUGAGGAAAUGUCAAGGGGAAAGGUAGAAAAGAGAAAGGGAGAAGGAGGAAUUUGUAUUUAUAUUUUCAUUCUCUAGGAUGCUGCCAAAGUAGGAAGAUUAUAGCAAAUUUUGUAAGCAUGUGAAUUGAUUAAUGGCAAAAAGCAACUGUCCAGGUUUGAAAAUACACCAGACAAAUCAGGGAGCGGGUCUUGCAAGAUGGUCAGUGCCAUGGGGCCCAUCAGCUUGGACACUAGCCCUGCCCAGAAGUAGGAGCAUCAUUGCCCCGAAAGUAUUGUCUACCACUGAACUCUCACUGACUGAACAAAGAGUGGGGCAACAUUAACUAGGCUGCCAUUCAGUUACACGGAAAAUGAGUGCAGAGGUACAUACAUUUUUAUUUUUAUUUUAUUUUUUGAGUGUGUGCCUCUAGUUUUAAACUGUGUCCUCAAUAUCAAAAGUUUGGGAAAAGGUUGUACUUCAGUCUCAGUGAGGAAGGGAUAACAAGUUGGGGCCAGAAGGGAUUCAUGACGUUAAAUUAUGGCAUCUCUCAGCCUUAAUGUAAUGAAAAAUAAUGUUGACACUGUGAUAGAAUUCUCCUAAUUCUCAUCCCUUUGUGGUUACAAAAUAACACUAAGCAAAAGAAAAUACCCCAGACCAGGAAGGCAAAUCUUUGUUGUUUGUUCAAAAGAUUCCAGAGCCCUUUCAAAUUGGACUUGGAGCAUCCUAUUUGCAUAAGUCAAUAUGUUAAAAUAAUUAAAGGCCGUGGAUCAAGCAAAAGGGCAGAAGGUAUAAUCUUGGCCCAAAAUGUUGCAGCAGAUGACAAAUUGAACAGACACCUUCCAUCCUUGGCAGGCAAGUGUAGGCAGAGAUCUAAACAGGGCAGCGGCAGGAUGCAAAGAACAACAACAAAACUGUGCCCUUUAGGAAGGCUCUAAUGAAUCAAAGGUGUUUGUCAUGGAGGCUUCUGCUUCCAUGGUCACGAGAAUUUAAAAUGACAAGAUCAAAAUUCUCUUCACUUUAUUCAGUGAGAUUUAAUCACAUGCCUCAGUAGAAGCUGACCAGGAUUCACACACACCACACAGACAGUUUGGCUUGUGUCAUGCCUAAUUCUUUCUCCCUCAUCAGAAACAGUCCCCGAAAGGUGAUAUGAAAUUUCUCAAGUUUCUGCAGUUUCAAGACAAGCCCCACUGCCUUGCAGAAGUCACAUGAGGAGGGAGAACCAGGCUAGUCUUCUGGGUUGUGUCUCCUUCUGGAGGUUUUCAGGACAAAAUGAGGCACUGAGAGAUAUAGGUGCUAGUAACAGAGAACGGCAGUCCCAAAUCGAGUUGAUUUAUCUAGGCUACUUGGAGCUCACUUUUCAAUUUCAAAUAAAAAAAUAUAUAUCCAGAGUGACAGUGUUAAUAUCAAAUCAUUUUAAACAAAAAUAUUUUGAAACAUCAGAUAAUGAAAGCAACAUAUAUAGUGGUACCUCGGGUUAAGAGCUUAAUUCAUUCUGGAGGUCCGUUCUUAAUCUGAAACUGUUCUUAACCUGAGGUAUCACUUUAGCUAAUGGGGCCUCCCGCUGCCGCCACACCACCACCAUGCGAUUUCUGUUCUCAUCCUGAAGCAAAGUUCUUAACCCAAGGUAUAUAUAUAUAUAUAUCUCUGACUAAAUUUGUUGUUGUUUAUUGAAUUUUGAUCAGACUUUGAUCUUAGUAGAGAAGUGAAAUUGAUAUUAUACUAUUUUUUUUGCAAUUUUAUCCAUUUUGAGUACUGGCUUUCAUCAAUUUUGUUACUAUCUAUUAGCUUUAUAAGGAUUUUGGUCAGGUGCUGACUUGAAUAGUCAAGUCAGGCACAUGUUGUCCCCAUUUUCCAAAAGGGGAGAAAGAAGACCUAAGCAACUACCAACUGGUCAGCUUAAUGUCAAUACCAGGAAAAGUCUGAGAACAGAUAAUUAAGCAGUCAAUCUGUGAGCACUUAGAGGCGGAUGCUAGGAUCACUAAGACCCAGCAUGGGCUUCUCAAAAACAAGCCAUGCUAGACAAAUCUCAUUUAUUUAUUUAUUUUGAUAGAGUUACAAGCUGUUGACAUAGUGUAUCUGGGUUUAGCCACCAACUUGGAUGGCCUUAAAAGGGGUUUAGACAAAUCCAUGGAGGAGAGGGAUAUCAAUGGCUACUAACAGCAAUGGAAGCAGCAAAGCUUCCAAAUGUCAGCUUCUGGACACUGUGAGGGGGCAAAUGCUCUUGUGCUCAUGUUUUGCUUGCUGGUUUCCCAGAGGCAUCUGGUUGGCCAUUGCAAGAACAGGAAGCUGGACCAGAUAAGCCAUUGGCCUGAUCCAGCAGGCUCUUCUUAUGUUCUUACAAACUGCAUUAUAUGUCUCACUGUCCAUUUUUAUGGCAAAAUUAUGUAACUUGAGUAAUUAACUACAUAAAAUACAUUGUCGUUAUGUUAUACCACCCCAUUCAUUUCAAUACCAAGGAAACAAUGUGAAUGGGGAAGGAGGAACACGAUCAAUUAUUUGUUGUUUGCAGACUGAAAGUAACAAGUACACCAAAUAUUGCUCAUAUUGACUGGAUUGAUUCCCGUUCCAGACAUGGGACAAAUGAACAAACACCAGCAAUUUCCACCUUUGUUUCCAUUUUCCUUGGCGUUCUCAGACAUCCUCACCAUGCCCCUGCAAUUUGAGCAGCAAUUCAACAAUUGGUGUCCCUUGGCCAAUUCCAGUUUCCUAUGUACUGACAUUUAUCCCUCUAUCAUCACAAUCCAAGAGGCAAAGGAGGAAUGGAGACAACUAGCCGUUUUGACAGUCACAUCAGACCACCCAGGAGUCUGGUGGGUUAAUUUCUCUGGUUAAUGAUCAGGGGUGUCUUUCAGUCUUUUGCAUCAAUUGCAGGAGAUAUAUACCGAGAAAAGAUCACUGAAUUAAAAAACAAUAACCCAGCAACAUUUCAGAGAUGCUCUAAAGGAAAGGGAAUGGAAGAUUGGUUCAAUUUAUAAAAUAAUAAAGGCAGCUCUAAUUACACAGUGAUGCCAUAAUUAGAGGAUAAUUAAGUAAUAUGCAGUUUACAAAGAAAUUUGACACAAUAUUUAUAUGUAUAGAUAAGUACAUACAUAGUGCAUGUUUAUAACACCAGCUGUUCCAUCCUCAGAGCCUGUAACAAAGUAAGUAAAAAACAAACAAACUACAUUUAUGCUGUUAAUGGCAAUCGGUAAUGAGUGAUCAAGCUGGAUUGGCAAUCCAAACAAAGUUCUUGUUUGUGUUGCCAGAUGGUGCAGUUGUACAAACUCUUACUGUGGCUUCUUCCUCGGUUUCUCAGACAGCAUAAAAGCAAAGGCUUAAUCUUUGUGGCCCUCUUUUGUAGCAUGGAAAUGGACUCCCUUGCUUUAGUUACUCUUUUGUCUCUUUUCCACAGUGCACCUUCACUUCACUUGCCACAUCAUUCUUUUCACUCCUGUUUGUUAUAUUUCCAAAUAAUAUCAGAGCUCUGGAGUAACUAGGGAUGUCAGAGAAUUCUGACAAAAGCAGCAACGAGAGAAGAAAUUGUCAAUGUUUGCUUAUUCAUCCCUUGUCUGGAAUGGGAAUCAGUCCAGCAUAUAUGAUUGGUAUUCACUGUUGUUGCUUUCAGUUUGCAAAGGAUAUGUAAUUGAUUACAUCCUCCCACACUUUGCCUUGUGUUUCCUUUGCAUUGAAAUGAAUGACAAUGAGACUUGUGGUAUUUGUGUAUUUAAUUAUGUGAUUUUUGUAAUUUCACUACAGCAGAAAGUAAGAUGAUGGAUGUAAUUUUGGGCAGAAGGCAAACUGCAGCAGCAUGGAGACAGUGCUGCAUGCAACAAAUACAGGACAGAAUGGGAAGCAAUGUCUUCUUUAAUCCCUAAUAGUAGUGCGAGUUGAGGGGGUAGCAAUGUUUCCUACAAAUCUGCUGAUCCCAACAGAAAAUGAUGCUUCAACUUUUAGAUCCAUUGGGCAGCCAGGGUAACAGGCCUGUCUGGGUCACAGUCAAAGGCUUUCUCCUACCACCAGUAACUUUGCUGCCUUUUACAAAGGUUGGUUGCAAAGGGGUAGAAUGAUGAGCAGGAGAGGAGGUCUGCCAUCUGGGUUUGGUAAACAUUCCUUGCAAGUAGUCAUAAAGCCCAUGGAGGCUUUUCAAGUAUUAUCAAGGAAUGAUUGCAGGACCCAAACAGUUCUUCAGGAAAAAUGCAGGUGGAAAUUGGUGACCAACAAAUCAGCCUAUUUCCAUUGAGUAUUAGUUUUUCACAAACACUCUCUCCCCCCCUUGCAAAUAACUGUCUCAGUACCACAAUGUGCAGAAAUUAUCAUGAAUGCUCAAUAAAAGGAUGUCUGAAGGGGCCCUUACUUUAGUAUUUUGAUUGAUGUAAUUGUGAAUAGUCUUGCAUUUCUGGACAAGCCUCUUUAGGAUCCUAUAUGGCUGAAUGGUGAUGUAUAAAUAUAAUAUGUAGAAUAUUUUUGUUUGUUUCGUUUUAACAUUUUUAUACUAUCCCCUAUCAAACUUGGUUGAAGAAAGGAUUUGUUUUCUAUUUAACUACACUGGUAGUUGCCUUUUCUAUGAUCAAAGGGAGCUGGUCUACCUAGCUCAGUAUUGUCCAUGCUGACAAAAGCUAACAAAAGCCAAUAGCUUUCAAGGUUUCAGAGAGGGGUCUUUCCUAAACCCACAUAGUGAUGUCAAGGAUUUUCAUGAAAUGCAUGUGCUCUAUCACUAGGCAACAGCCCUUCCUCUUAUCCAAUUUGUGCAAUCCUACAUAAAUGGUUCUUUCUCUGUUUCACAUAGAUCUUUGGAAAACAGCAUUUGUAAAGAUGAAAUAUCCAUGCUGGUUGAGCAAGAGUAUUUGAGCCUUACACAAGAGAAUGCAACUGAACUAGAGAUGCAAAGAUCUGAAGAUGAGAAGGCCACCCCAGCUGCUUCGUGUCAGGCCCCAGCAAACAACCACCUCACAAUGCCCUCUGAUGGAGACCAGAUGUUAGAUGAGAGGGAUGCAAUGGAAAAUGUCUACAGAGCACUCACUGGAAACAAAAGGGAAGUGAAACUGAGGUCCAUAUGUGAUGUCCAGCUGUCCACUAAGUCCACUGUCACAGGGAUCUUGCUCCCUGCAAAAUUAAUCUACAAGAAUGCCAAAAGUACAGAAAGUGGAAACAGUAAUAUGAUGGGUUCCAACACUCAGAUUGCCAAGCUUUUGGCGCAGUUCCCACUCAAACGUGUUGAGGCCACCAAAACUCUGGACACCAAAAUGGUGACAGAAGAAACCAAGUUUAUCAAGGACCUACUACUGCAGAACAAUGUCUUUGGAUCUGCAGCCCACAAAGACAAUGUAACAAGGCCAUCCCCAAUAAUGGCGGUCAUGGAAAGUCAAGGAUCUGUGCAAAAGAAACAGCUCCCAGUAUUUGCCAAGAUCUGCUCAAAAACUGACCCUGAACUAGUUGCUGAUGGGCUCUGUCAAAAUAAUGGUAAGGGUUGUGGGCUAACUAGUGAUGAUUAUUCGAGAAUGAUGAAGGGAAAGGAACCCAAGGUGUGUGGUGAACAUGUGCAGAGAAAAAUGCUUUCCCUAUCAUCAUUGUUUUAUGAAACUGAUUGAUAGGAGUUUCAGGAAAGACAUGUUCACAUAUGUUCAUCUACGGAAUUAUCUGCCAAAAGAUGUAGUGCAGGCUUUAAAAGGGUAUCAGACAAGUGUAUGGAGAAAGAUCAGUCUAUAAAUGGUUACAGCUCAUGGUGGCUAUAUAGAGCCUGCAUGUUCCAAGGCAGAAUGCUACUGAAUAUUAGUUGUCCUGCCAGUGGGCUUCUAAAAGCAUCUGAUUGGUCAAAGUAGGAAACAAGAUGCUAAACUAGACGACCCAUAGUUCUGAUUCAGUGGGGCCCUUCUUAUGUUAUUAUGUAGCAUUCUGGUUAAAACAGAUGAGUCAGUUGAAGGAACUCCUGUUACCCACUCCUCCUGUUAUCCUCUUUCCUUUGGCAUCCCAGGAGUUCCUGUUUAUUUUGCAGUCAAACUCUAUAUGAAUUGGGUGCCCAUCCUUGCUCAAUCUUCAGUUUUACAGGUGGGUCACUUCGGGGGGGGGGUGGCAGCUCUGAGCUGUGGGCAGGAAAGGCAGAGCCAGGCUUGUAUAACACCUUGGGGUCAGGGAUUAGGGUUGAUAGAGGAUCCUCAUCAAUUACCUUCUUUUAUUGUUCCUUUUAUUGUUCCUUUGGUUCAGAGCAACUGCAGUAACUUAUUGGCAAAGCACAAGUUUUGUAUGCAAAAGGUCCUGAGUUCAAUCUCUGGUAUCUCCAAGGAUGGCUGAGAAAGACCCCCUGGAGAACCACUAGCAGUCAGAGAAGACAGUGGUGAACUUGGUAGACCAGUGUUUUGACUGCUACUACUACUGUUAUUGUUGUUGUUCUUCUUAUUUAUUACAACAACAGUGGCCCUCUCUUUCAGCUGCAAAAAUGCUCUGUUUCACAGAGGUCUAUUAUCUAUUUUAGAAAGUUGUUUGCUCACUAUACAUUGGGACACCUCUUAAACUACCAUAAUCAAAUUUUGCAUUGAUGGCUCCUGAGAUCAAAGAACAGGUUUUUGUUCAGGCUACAACUGGUUUUGUACAGGAUACAACUGAAUGCCACUGGGAUCAAGAUAGCAGACUCAACCUUUCAACCCUGCACUGAUUUGAAGCAUUGAUUUCAAAACUGUGCUAAUUGCUUUGGUUUCCUAGAAUUCCUGACCAAUGCCAGAUAUGAGGCAAAUAUACAUAUAGUUAAAACGUUAAGAGUUCUAUCAAACAGCCCCCAUUGAUGGUGCCUAACUCUGUUUUGUAUUUUCCACAGCAACCUCUACAGCCAUUGAUAAGAACAACCUUAAAUACAGUGGGAAUGUUUUCACCCCACGAUUCCCGACGAACUCAACGGCCACCUCAUUAAAACAGCCAAUGUGGCUUAGCCUUAACUACCCUCCACCUCCUGUUUUCCCAAACCACUCCAGCUUCCCACAGUAUCAGGUAAUGAAUGACACAAGCCCUUAUGAAUGGGGUGUGGAAAGAGCUCCAAAACUGAAUGAGGCUGGCAGUGAGGAGGAAAGAAAGAGCUAUGAGGUUGCAUAACUCAGAUUUAGAAACACCGACAGGCAACCAAGCCUGAAGUGUCAAGAUUCCGACCAAGACCAAAUCUGGAAGGGUGGCAAUUAAUAGAAAUUAAGAGGGCUUCUAGACAUUCUGGAAGCCCAGAAAACCUAACUAUGGAUUCCUUCAGUGAAGAAUCCAGAUUGAAGGAAUGUGCAAGAAAUAUUUGAGUCAUAAGGCAGGCCGUGGCCUGGGAUUGGCUCAUCCAUGCUCAUCUGAUUUUCAUGACCAGAUGAAUUCUAGUUUGUGGUAUCUCCUCCCCGGUUGCUGCUGCUGCCAUCAGUUGCCUGGUGCAAGAAGAUAGGUCCCUCCCUCAAGGAAUUUACAGUAUAAAAUUUGGCACACAAGAGACAACAGGGAGGGAAGGAGAGGCAGUAGUUAACAGGGAAAGAAUAUUUGAUUUCAUCACAUAUUUAGUUUGGAGCCCAACUCUGUGUUCUUUCUGGAAGCAUGAGGAGAUCAAGCAGGUAUAGGGCGGAGGGCAUGCACACCCACCCUGCCCCUAGUGUCCCCAUAUGUGCCAGGUGUGUUUGCUCCAAUGUGAUGCUGAGUGGGAGGAUCUGAAGGAGGCUUCUAUGCACACUCAGGUGGACAUGUUUAGAAACCUUCCCACAAUCAAGAACUUUAUUAGGGUUCCCACCUGGGUGGAGGUUUUAUAGUGAAUUCAGUGGAAAUAAUGCAAUUCCAAAACCCCUUCAGACCAGAGUUUAUGUGCCCUCAGCCCUUGUGUGCUUUUUGCCAUCACAAUUUCUAUCUGAGAGCCUAAAUAAGGUUUUGGUUAUCAGCUUAUUUUGGCUUAGGCCACAUCCACACCAUAUACCUUAAGCAGCCAAGGCUUCCCCCAAAUAACACUGGGAGCUGUAGCUCAUUAAGGGUGCAGAAAGUUGUCAUGACACCCCUAUCCCUUUCCCCAGAGCUACCAUUUCCCAAGUGGUUUAGCAAUUAAUCCCUCUUCUCAGGGAACUCUGGGAAUUGUAGCUCUGCGAGGGAAAUAGGGGACCCUUAACAACUCUUAGCACCCUUAACAAAUUACAGCUCCCAGGAUUCCUUGGGGAAACCCAUGACUGUUUAAACUGGUGUCAUGGUGCUGUAAGGGUAUGGUGUGAAUUUGGCCUUAGUUGCAGGCAUAGUUGCAUCAAGGCAUGGGAAUUUGGGGAGUUGUGCCCAAGACAUUGUGGGGGAUUGUGGGACAUUAUGGGCAUUUUUAGAGCAAUGUGAAGUACAAGAGGUAGUAUCUAGGGAUAGAUGGAUCUGCCAGUUUCAGUUUCUCUCAUUUUCCCAGUCUUAAGUUCAGUUCAUCAUAUUUCUACAUCAGUUUGCAAUGUAAAAAAGAAAAGAAAGAAAUCUUAAUGAAUAUUCAUUGGCAUUUUAGUGCUCAUUUCUCAUAUACACAUGCUAUUCUGCAAUGCAAGCAAUUUCCUGUAGUAUAAUGUAUUUUAUAUGUAAUUUUCACUAAUAUAUGCAUAUUUAUGCAUACUCCUCCCUAAAGCAUGUGUUUUUGUGCCCAUUUUUUGGUUGGUGAACUGUAUUACAAAAUUCAAGAGAAGUUCAAAGUGAAGGACAGCAGUUUUGCAGGAAGCGCGAACUAGGUAGGUUCGCAUUAAAAUGCAAACCAAAUUUCUCCUCCAUCUUUAGUAGCACCACACAGGCAUUCUGGGAGGCUGUGUGAAGCAUAAGAGGCAGUAAGUCAGAGAGGGCAGGAGUCUCAGUGGCACAGGGAACACUGAAGCAGUUCCUGAUCUCCGCGUGUUCAAGUUUUCAGGAUGCUGGAGAGGACCUGAAAAUCAUGAAGACGCCCAUUAAUGGUGUAUGUUGACAGGGGAACUGAUUCAGAGGAGGCCACUACUAAUAACAGAGGGCCUUGGAGACACACCUUGCGUGAAAAAGCAGAAAUAAUUGGGUGUGUUCAGUUAAGUCUUUUGCUACAAUUGGAGGAAGGUAUGAACUAGACAUGGAAGGAUUCCUGAAUGCUCUCAGAGUUUUUCCAGUGAACACGCAAUCCUGUUGAGACCCUUGUUUCACUGUAGAAUGGGGAGAUGCAUUGAGCUCUUGAUAGGGGGUACCCAACUGUCUCCUCUAGCACUGCAGAACCAGUUCUGCACCUUCACGUAUCAGAGCACUAAGGAUGAUGAAACAGGUUGGACAACUGAGUGCAAGUAGCAAAAGAUGCACUGGGAAGCUGACCCAACAUGAGUUAAACAGCACAGUCAUGUUUAUCACAUGGUAUUGAAGACAGGGAAGAUGGGUCAUUUCUCUGCUUUCAUCACAUCCUCAAGUAGCCAUCCCACAGAGCUUUUCUGUAUUGUCCAGGGCAUAUAAACAUCAUCUCCAGUGAAUAGAGUUUUAGACCAAUUGGAAGCCUAUUGUGUGUUAUUUGAAAGGCACUUUGAGGGUCCUGUCUCUCAUCUCUGUAGCAAUCUUGGCUUCACAUUUACAGCAUUGAGAUGUCUAGGGUAACAUCCGCUGUAACAUCAUGGUUUCAAUACCCUUCAAUACCUGUCUCAUCAAGGUAGCUCAGGAGGAUACCAUGGGCAAUGGUAUCAAAAGCCAUUGAGAGAUUAAGUAAUAAUAACAGCACCACACACACACACACACACACACACACACACACAUCCUUUUGAUAAAAUUCAUCCAUCAGCAUGGCCAAGUCUGAUUCAGCCGCAGAACCAGGCCAGAACCCAGAUUGGGUAAAGAUUAUCUGUUUUAUCCAGGUGUGUUUGCAACUGUCCUAACAUGGUCUUGAUCACCUUCCCCAAAUGAGGUAUUUGACACUGGGUGGUAGUUUUCAGAAACCAAUGGAUCCAGUGCAUGGCUAGCACACUCUUGCAGCAUGGAGUAGAUCUGGCCAUCUUGAAUGAGGUGGUGAUUCAACUUCCAAAAAUUUCCAUCCUUGUCUUGUUGACCAUCUCUGGCACCAGAGGCUAAUGUGACUUCAGUGGUGAACCAUGCCUUUUAUCAGCUUUGGUUGGUAAGACAACUACAGCUGUUUCUACAUGGGGAUAACCUGCUUGACCACUGUUGACUUGGCACUGUAACCUCCAGGUUGGAACGGUGCAAUGUGCUGUAUACGAGGCUGCCCCUGCGGUUGGCCCUGUAGCUGCAGCUAGUGCAAAAAGUAGCGGCUCAACUUCUCACUGGGGCAGACUAUCACCAUCAUAUCAGGCUGUUGCUAAAAGAAUUACACUAGCUGCGAAUUAGCUGCCAGGCUAAGUUCAAGGUGUUAGUACUAGUGUACAAAGCCCUAUACAACUUGGCACCAGGAAUCCUAAUGAUCAAAUUACCCCAUAUAUACCCAAUCAACCACUGUGCUCUGUGGUAGAAGACCUCUUGCAGAUACCAUCUCAUCAGGAGAUCCUUAUGUUCAGUGUAGGGGUCAGGGUUUAGCAUGGUAGCACCUCUACAUAUGUAAAUGUUUUUAUGGUUGAUGUUUUUAAAUUAUGGAAAAUAAAUAAGAGAGAAAGAAAGAAAGAGGAGAUUUACAGGUUUGAUUCCCGAUCCAAUGGGGAAUGUAUGUGCCCUGGAUUGGAGUGUCUAUAGAAGGGAAGAUAGAAUUCCAUAUAAAUAUCAUGAUACCAUGGUGCUGGAGGAGACUCUUGAGAGUCCCAUGGACUGCAAGAAGAUCAAACCUAUCCAUUCUGAAGGAAAUCAGCCCUGAGUGCUCACUGGAAGGAUAGAUCCUGAAGCUGAGGCUCCAAUACUUUGGCCACCUCAUGAGAAGAGAAGACUCCCUGGAAAAGACCCUGAUGUUGGGAAACAUAGAGGGCACAAGGAGAAGGGGACAACAGAGGACGAGAUGGUUGGACAGUGUUCUUGAAGCUACUAACAUGAGUUUGACCAAACUGCGGGAGGCAGUGGAAGACAGGAGUGCCUGGCAUGCUCUGGUCCAUGGGGUCACGAAGAGUUGGACACGACUAAACGACUAAACAACAACAUCAUGACAGUAACUUGUGUGAUGGCACAAUGCAACAUGGACCUUCCCCCGCUAUCUUUAAAGUUCCUGUUGUUCCCUGCAGCACUCUAGGCAAGGAGAAAAUGGACAGGAGAAUGCCAUGUCUAUUCUCCCUCCCAAUUUAGCACUGCAGAAAAUACAGGGCAGAGAUCCAAGCUGCAGCAACCUGGGGAGCCCCAGCAAUUACUGCAAUGACAAUAAUAAUGAUUCCUAUUAUCUCAUGUCUACAUAAUGAUUUCCCAAUGUGUCUACUGAUGAUCCCUCCCAAAUUAAAAGUCAACAUGACUUGAGAAAUAUAAAUCACUGCCAUGUUUAUUUAAUUUUCUAUACAUAGCACAGAAAGAAGCAGCAGAGGUUGAUCCGUUAAGGCUAAUGGGGCACUGCCCAACACACCUCAGAUUGCCCUCUCACAGCUUCCUCCAUCUUAGACCCAGUGUUGCCCUUGGAGAACUCAACAGGGAAGAGGAUGGGGACAAAAUUAGAAAUAGUGAACUUUGCCUAUCAUUGGUUCUGACUCCAUCUGCUAUUGUCCUCUCUGCCUACUGUGCAACCGGUCCCAAUGGGCAACAGCCACAGCUGGGGGGAAAGGAUAGCAGCAGUAGCCAUAAUAAUAGGUAAAAUCCUCAAUUCCUUCCAUUUAUAUAUUAAUUAAAGCUUUGGUUUAAUCAGAGGGGGAAAUUUAUCUUGGAUAAUUGGAAGCUAAGGGCAUGUUGCUCACCUUUGGGGGCUAUUGUGGUUUUGGUGUGUUACUGUUGUACAGAAUGGGGAAGAAAAGAUGCCCUUUCCAUCUAGCAGGUAGUGAAGCUUCUUGAAUAUGAUAUCUAUGCAUUCCAUUGUGAACUAACCUGACUCACACCUGCCAGACUCAUGUGUGGAUUGGGAAUGUACAGAUCACUUCUCUGAAUUUUGUGAUACAGGUUGCAAUCCUAACCCAACUAACCUGGGAGUAAGCCCCACUGAAUUGAGUAGGCCUUACUUCUGAGUAGACAUGGUUAGGAUUGCACUGAAUAUUUUUGGCUCAAAAGAAAUACCAAAAAUUUCCCCACAAUGCAUAUUUUAGGAUAAAACACACUUUAAAAUGUCUAUGUUAAGAUAGAAUACGUAGCUAAAUAAGUUUGUAAUAUGACCUAUUUAAAUUGUCAUGUUGAUUUGGGGGUGGGGAGCGGAAUCACAGAUUAAUGCAAAAACAGGACAGAAUGGAUUUAUGAAUAAAUAGGUGCAAAACUGACACAGACUAAAAACAGACUGAUCUGCCCAUCCUUACUAUUAAGGUGGUACCUUCUGCAAUCCUAUACAUGCUUACCUAGAAGUAGGAAUGGGUGAAUCUGUCAAUUUCAGUUUCUCUAGUUUCUUCUUUUCCCAGUUGGAAGCUCAGUUUUCCAUAUUUCCACAUCAAUUUGAGAUUUUUAAAAAAUGCAUCCUCAUGAGAAUUCGUCAGCAUUUCAGUAUGAAUCUCUCCUAAUAUACACAUCUGUAUGCAUUUUUGCCUGAUAUACACAUUUUUUGCAGCACAAUGCCCCCUAAUAAAAUGUAAUUCUGUGUGCUAUUUUUACUAAUUUUACUGGACAUUUUACUCCAGUAUAUGCAUUUUGGGGCACAUGACGUGACUGGGGAACAUGGUAAAAUUCGGAAAAGUGGAAAUGUCAAAGGAUGGCUAUGUUCAGUCCUUGUGUGGUUUUGAAAAGCUCAAAUUAAGUUAGUUUGUCUUAAAUGAAAACAUAAUUAAAUUUCUCCAUGAUCCCUACCUAGGAGUAAGGACCAUUAAACACAGUGAAGCUUACUUUUGAGUAAGUAUGUAUAGAUUUGCACUGUGAGGCAGGGAUGAGGGCACAAGGAUUCCAGUUGACACUGGAAUAGACCAACCUUUACCAGUUGUGAUUCCUGCAUUGCAGAGGGUUGGACUAGAUAACCCAGUUCUAUAAUUCUAUGAUUCUAUGAUUCCCUCAGUUUCUUAAAAAAGCAUCUGUCUAAGAGUCUGGCAAGAUGCAGAUUUAUUCAAAUUUGUAUGAGUAGAAAAUUAAAAAGGAAAAAAUGAAUUGCCCACUCAUAUAAGAUAUGACGGUGAGGUCCUCAGAUCAGCAUGUGAUAUCGGAACACAGAUCACCACUGGAGUGAGAUCCAAAAUUAAUUAGUUAAUCAUAAUCAUAAGAAUAAUAGGUUGAGGCCUACAAUGGUCACUUCCUGCCUUGUGUAUUUUUAACAGAGUUUGUAUCAGCAAAGAGCUCGGAUCCCAUACCAGCAGACGCUACAUCCUCAGUUGGGAUGCUAUUCCAGACAGGUAUGGCAUAAGUCCUCUAGCAUGAAUCAAUAUAGAGGCUGUUGAUUUGCUGGGCAUGGGGAGGAAGAAUAUGAUUUCAGCUUUCAGUGGCUUUAAGCAAGUCCAUCUCUUGCAGCCUUUUGGUGCUUCCAGAAUGUCACCAUAUUGGGGUGGGAUUCAAUCACAUAACAGCAAAUUUGGGUUGCACAGUUAUACUUGGUUGAGAGGUCUUGUGCAACAAAAUUGCUUCCCCAAAUGUUUAGACUUUUUGCAAUAAGGAAAGUGAUGGGGAUAUGCUGUGGAAAGUGUGGCGUUAUUAUGCUUUGGCAUAACGUCAUCUGACCUUGGUUAGUCCAAGUUUCACUGCUACCUUGGAGCUAGAUGGCUGUCAAGGGCGGAAAGAUUGACCUAAGUCCCAUAUUUGUUCUCUGGAAUUGUCACAUGGAGUUCAUGGUUUAAUCCCCCUUCCAAAAUCCUAUACAUUGAUAUGGGCUUAAGCAGGCCAUUUCUCUUCCUCCUCCAUUUUCCUCUGCCCACCUCAGUGACAUGGCUGGGAAUCCAAUUCUGGGCUCCUCCUGCUGUGAAGUAGACCUAGGGUGGCGCUGUGGGUUUAACCACGGAGCCUAGGACUUGCCAAUCAGAAGGUUGGCGGUUCAAAUCCCUGUGACAGGAUGAGCUCCCGUUGCUCGGUCCCUGCUCCUGUCAACCUAGCAGUUUGAAAGCACAUCAAAGUGCAAGUAGAUAAAUAGGUACCGCUCCGGCGGGAAGGUAAACAGCGUUUCCGUGCGCUGCUCUGGUUCACCAGAAGCGGCUUAGUCAUGCUGGCCACAUGACCCAGAAGCUGUACGCCGGCUCCCUCGGCCAAUAAAGCGAGAUGAGCACCGCAACCCCAGAGUUGGUCAUGACUGGACCUAAUGGUCAGGGGUCCCUUUACCUAGGGACCUAGGCAAUAUGAACAAGGGGAGGAGAUCAAGUAUGGCCAGCUUGGGAAGAUUAUUUUUUAUCAAUAAGAGAGACUGAGUUGUACAUAGUUUGCAGAAUAUUCUGCUGGAGUAGGGCAAAAAGCAGGGGCUCAAGAUGUUUGGCAAGUUUAGAAUCCAUAUGGAUUUUCUAGGUAAGUUGAGAGGGAGAGGAUGAUGAGGGAGAGAAGGGAGCUUUCUCAAACUCAGCUUUUAAAGUGGGAAGAUCAAGGCCAUGUGAGACAGUCAAGAGGCAGCAUAAAUAUACCUUGUGCAACAGAAACCCAAGAGGCAGCAGCCCCAUGAACACCUGGCCCAUCUUGCUGCCUCUGCCACUGACGGAGAUGUGGCAGUGGCUUCUGGUGAGAUCUCUCAGGUGGGGAACCAAGACAUGCCACCCCUUUAUGUGGCUGUUGCCUCGGACAUGCCCCCCUCCAUAAAUAAUUCUGAUAUUCUGUGAUUCCAGCCCCAUUUUGAACAGGUAUAACAAUUUAAGACAUUGGGUUGUAGCCAAGUAAAUUAUACUCAGAGUAGACCCACUGAAAUCAAUGGCCUGAGUCAGUCAUGCCCAUUAAUCCUGGUGUAUCUACUCAAGCCAUUGUGAACUCUAAAAAAUUUCCGCUUCCCCCAAAGCAUCAUCCCUUUCCAUUCCUCCUUCCCUCCUGAUUCUUUAGGUCACGCCUUACAAUCCGCAGCAAAUCUUCCGCUCACCUUACACACCUGUGCUCAGCUACAUCCCACUGGUUCAGCCAGGUUACUCUUAUCAGCAGAGGAACCCGACCAAGCCAUCCAGCAGCGUACGUGAUCCCCCAGCAAUGGCAGGUGAUGGUCCACAGUAUCCAUUUUCUCCUUCCUAUGGGUGAGUCUGUGCUUUGUAGUGGCCGUGCAUAAGUGCAGAAUAGUCAAAGGUGGAAAUCAAUUUGCAUGUUUAGGGAUAGUUUCCUUUCCGUUUCAGGGUUCACUCUCUUCUUCUUCUUCUUCUUCUUCUUCUUCUUCUUCUUCUUCUUCUUCUUCUUCCUCCUCUUCCUCUUCCUCUUCCUCUUCCUCUUCCUCUUCCUCUUCCUCUUCUUCUUUGGGGGUCAGGGGUGCGUUUAGGAUGAAUUAUGAAGAUACAUGUAGGGAGAAUCCUGAAAUGGGGAGAAGAGGGUGGCAUAAAGUAAUUCAUGCCAAUUUUGGAAGGAGGAUUUUGAUGACAGAAUCAGGCUUCUUCCUUUCUUAAACACAUUUUGGGGAAUAGGGAAGGGGGCUUGAAAUGGACAGGGAGUUUAUUUUUACAUUUCCACGCUUUUUGGUAACUUUUAAAGCAUAAUGUGGCACUCUCCAGAUAUUGUUGGACUACAACUCCCAUCAUCCAUGGACCCUGACUGUUGGCUAUGCUGAUGGGAAUUGGGGUGUCAAGCAAUAUCUGGAGGGCACCGUGUGGCUCCCUGGUUCCAUCGCCACCCUUUCAUUAUCAGAGUACUUUGGGAAAGUAUGCUGGAGAAGGAAAGGAGGGCAGCGGCCAUCACUGCAAGAUUGGGUGGGAAAAUCUAUAUCAAUGGCAUAUCUGCAUUCCCUAGAAUUGCUGAAGAAACAGAACCCUAUCUGUAUCUUUAGAAUCCCCAUAGGUGAUGAUCUCAGGAUCCAGACAUGUUCAUGAAUUGGAAGAGGGGGCAGCAUACAAUAGAUAAAAUAAAAUAGUGGUAGUUAUUCAGGGAGGCUGAGCUCAAUCUGUUUAUUUUACUCUCAGGUUCACAUCUACUACUGCUGGACCUGUAAGGACCAAUCCUUACUUCUCUUCCAAUGGAGGUGGCAACAGUUUUUAGAUCUGCCAGCACUGUUUUUAGGGUGAGGCUUUUUUUGAGAUAGGAACAUUUUGGGAGCAGUAUGAAAUCCUUGGGGUUUUUCAUUUCUGUUUGAACAUUUUGGAACAAAGUUAAAAUAAUUUGAUUCCAAACCACAAACAGUGUAAAUUCAGGGCAAAUAGGCUCACAAGUUCAUCUGGGGGGGGAAAAACCAGAAUUUUGUUUAGCAGAAAUGGAUGAAACACUCAGGUACUUUUAAGAAACUUGUUUUUUUAUUUUUUGAAAUGAAAGAGAGAGGCA